UGGGAUCCCGGCGUUUCCAUGGGAGGGAAUCCUUCCCAGUGGAUCCCAACUCCGGCUGCUGCUACUCGGCUCCGUUGCAGAAGCGACAGAGAACUGUGGAGGAUUUCAACCAGUUCUGCACCUUUGUCCUGGCCUACGCGGGCUACAUCCCGUACCCUGAGGAGAAUGAGCCCUGGACGCACCGAGGCAGCAUGAGUCCCCAGAACAGCACGGGCAGCACUCAGGACAGUGAUAGCUGGGCCUCGUCCCACUCCUCUGAUGGUCACAUCCUCACAGACGAUAAGAGGAGCAGGAAUGUCAUGGCCAAAGGGGCUGUGGACAACAGCCUGUUCAUGAACUGUCCUGCCUUCACCAGCAGCUUCUAUGAUGUCAGGCCCCAGCAAACGAAAAGGAAGAAACCACCRGCAAAGAAACUAAUUUUAGAGAAGGAGACAGAGAAGAGAGUCCCCCUGAGCACCGGGAAGAGCUGUGGGGUUGAUCAGGAUCGGGUGAAGGAGAUGGUCACGCUGGGGGGACAGGAGCCUCCUCUUAAAGAGCGGGUCUUGGAGCCGUCCAUCAACCCAUCUGGGGACCCCCAACCCAAUUCCCUCCUGGAGGAGCUGAUGAAGGAGGAGAAGGACUGGAUGCCUGCAGCACAGGGGACUGAGAAGCCAGCAGGAGACGAUCCUCAACUAAAGGAGCACGACCCCUGUCCUGGAGGGAGGAAAAGUCCUAGUUCUUGUAGUACCCUGGACCAAAGUGAGGGGGAAGAUACAAGCAGAGCAAGUUCUCAGCUUAGUGGUGUUGAAUUCUCAGCCGCUCCCAACACCAAAGCAGAAGAUGAUGAUGCCUGGGACCUGAUCACCUGCUUCUGCCUGAAGCCCUUCGCAGGGAGACCCAUGAUCGAAUGUAACGAAUGUGCUACCUGGAUCCACCUCUCGUGUGCCAAGAUCCGCAAAUCCAACGUGCCUGAGGUUUUCAUCUGCCAGCGAUGCCGCGAUGCCAAGCAGGAGAUUCGCCGCUCGAACCGAGCCCGGACGGUGCCCCGCAAGCGCUUCUGUGACUGAAGCCCUUCCAGAGAAGGGAGGCUGGGGGUCCUCUUCUUCAGCUGAAGGCUGCAGCCCAGUUUGGCGAGACAAUCAAUGCACAGUGAUCGUAGAGGGAGGGACAGCCCACGGCGCUGGACGGCCCCCCUGUGCACUUCCAGCUCCUGGAAGCUGCCGCCUGCUUCCUCCCUGGGGCUUGUGUUGGCCAUGGAGCUUAGUUACCCCAGAGGUGUGGGGGGAAAGGAGGGUGGUCCAGCCAUGCACUAGGUCACUGAAACAUCUCUGUCCUUGCACAAACCCAGCUCAGUGCCUUUCCCCCUGGGCAGCCAAGGAGAACCUAGCUCCAGUAGUUUCCCUGUGGUGUGGUGGAAGCUUACACUUAUCCCAAGAUGUGACUCCUCUUUCUCCCUUUUUUCCUCACCGUUUUCCUUUCCUUGCCUAGGACUUUCAGGUGGGCUGUGAUGGUAAAGCCCCAAUGACCCGUGAGUAGGCCCAGCCCGGGCAAACUUCCUUCAGGAAUCUCUGUGUUCCCUAGAGAGGGAUGAGAAGGAAUCGGCCCUGCUGACACCUGGACUAGCCUGGGCUGCUCCGCACGGUCUGUGCAGAGGAGCUGCCAGAUCAGCCUUAUAGGAUGCACAGGGCGGAUGUUCUUUGUCCCCUGGUGCUCCUGGUUUUGGUUGCUGCGCCUGAGGCCUCAGGAUGGUUUUGUUGGGUCAGGAGCAGAGCGCAGCAAACGUGUUCCGUAGUAGACAGGUCAGUGGUUCUCCCCAUCCCGGCGUGAGCUCCAGGGUGCUGCAGUUGUGUGUGUGGCAGCCGAGAGCCACUGUAAAUACGUUGUGGAACAACCUUUUAGCCUGUUACCAAGGCAGUUCUUGCUAACAAGUCCUCCCUGGUUUAGAUUUUUCCAGUUGCACUGAAGUCUCCUGUAUGAAAGGGAUGUGGGAUUUAUGGUAGGGGACUCGACCAGUUAUCCUCAAAGCUGGCACGGGUAGGGGCUUGGGAGCCCUUUGGAAGGCAGGAGCAGGAGAGCGUUCCGGUUAGUUUUYGAUGUUUUCCGCUUCUAGAUUAAAACAAUUGAAUCUCGUGGCCCGUGGCCGUCUCCUGCGUGCGGGUCUCUCUGGUGAAGCAUCUGCUUCAGCACCAGCUGGAUGCCGAGACCCAAGCUCGGAGCGAGCCAGGUACCGGCCGGGCCGCGUUUCCGAGCUGCCCCUGCCYCGGAGAGCGCCGCUGUUCUCUGGACACGCGGGGUGGCAGCGGUGUCCCACCACGGGUGGCCUGUGAGCCCUUCUGCUAUGCAACUGCCGCUCCGAAGGCRCGGGCCCCAGCACGCCCCCGUUUAGCCUCCCGCGUGGAAGGUGCUCCCUGUAGCCUCCCUGCCUCCGGGCAGCGCGUGUGUGAUGCCCUGGCGCCCGGUGCCCACGGGCUGUUGGAUCCCACCUCCUGCCUCCUCGCGAGCCCUCCAAAGAGCCUGGCCCACGUGCCUUCUGCACCUUCUGCGGGGCACACGCACCCCGCUCCUCGCCCGGUGACACUUGGCUCAGCCCUUGGUUCUCUGCUGUCCCGAGCAGGGCAUGGGACAGCCCGCAUUUGCCAGUCUCAUGACUGUUUUUCUAAACUGGGUUCUUUCUGACUUGCACAUCUGGUUACUGUGGGACCACAGCUGGGGGAGGGUGUGGGGCGGCUGCCUGUUGCUCAGCACCCCCACACUGGUCCUGUGCCUCUCUCCUCCUGUGGAAAGCCUGGGCCCCAAAAGUGCUUUAU